AUGGAGACCACCACAGCCCAACCCAUCACCAUCACCAUGGAGACCACCACAGCCCAACUCAUCACCAUUCCCAUGGAGACCACCACAGCCAAACUCAUCCCCAACACCAUGGAGACCACCACAACCCAACUCAUCACCAUGGAGACCACCACAACCCAACUCAUCACCACGGAGACCACCACAACCCAACCCAUCACCAUCACCAUGGAGACCAACACAGCCCAACCCAUCACCAUUCCCAUGGAGACCACCACAGCCAAACCCAUCCCCAACAUCAUGGAGACCACCAAAACCCAACUCACCCCCAUCAGCAUGGAGAAUAUCAUAGCCCAACACUUUCCCAUCACCAUGGAGAACAUCACAGCCCAAGUCAUUCCGAUCACCAUGAAGAUCACCACAGCCCAACCCAUCACCAUUCCCAUGGAGACCACCACAGCCAAACUCAUCCCCAACACCAUGGAGACCACCAAAACCCAACUCACCACCAUCACCAUGGAGACCACCACAGCCCAACUCAUCACCAUGGACACCACCACAGCCCAACUCAUCACCAUGGACACCACCACAGCCCAACUCAUCACCAUAGACACCACCACAGCCCAACACAUCCCCAUCACCAUGGACACCACCACAAUCCUCUCCACCCAGAUUCACACCAUCACCACGGCUCCCAUCCAGAAUCUCUCCAUCACCACAGAUCUCAUCCAGAUUCUCUCUAUCACCACGACUCCCAUACAGAAUCUCAUGAUCACCGCAGCUCCCAUCCAGAAUCUCUCCAUCCCCAGGGCUCCCAUCCAGAAUCUCUCCAUCACGGCGGCUCCCAUCCAGAAUCUCUCCAUCACCAGGGCUCCCAUCCAGAAUCUCUCCACCACCGCGGCUCCCAUCCAGAAUCUCUCCAUCACCAGGGCUCCCAUCCAGAAUCUCUCCAUCACCAUGACUCCCAUCCAGAAUCUCUCCAUCACCAUGGCUCCCAUCCAAAAUCUCUCCAUCACCAUGGCUCCCAUACAGAAUCUCACGAUCCCCAAGGGCUCCCAUCCAGAAUCUCACAAUCCCCAUGGCUCCCAUCCAGAAUCUCUCCAUCACCAUGACUCCCAUCCAGAAUCUCUCCAUCACCAUGGCUCCCAUCCAAAAUCUCUCCAUCACCAUGGCUCCCAUACAGAAUCUCACGAUCCCCAAGGCUCCCAUCCAGAAUCUCUCCAUCACCGAGACUCUAAUCCAGAAUCUCAUGAUCAUCAUGGCUCCCAUCCAGAAUUUCACGAUCCCCAUGGCUCCCAUCCAGAAUCACACAAUCCCCAUGGCUCCCAUCCAGAAUCACACGAUCCCCAUGGCUCCCAUCCAGAAUCUCACGAUCCCCAUGGCUCCCAUCCAGAAUCUCACGAUCCCCAUGGCUCCCAUCCAGAAUCUCACGAUCCCCAUGGCUCCCAUACAGAAUCUCACGAUCCCCAUGGCUCCCAUACAGAAUCUCACAAUCCCCAUGGCUCCCAUACAGAAUCUUUCCAACACCAUGGCUCGCAUAGAGAAUCUUUCCAACACCAUGGCUCGCAUACAGAAUCUCUCCAACACCACCAUAGUUCCCACCAAGAUUCCCACCACCACCUCUCUCAUCCACACUCCCAUUCUGAACCCCAUCACAUUUCUACCAACCCAGAAUCUCAUCAUCACCACCAUCCUUCCAAUUCUGAAUCUCACCAACAUCCCUCACCUGCAGACACACAGCACCACCAUCAGCACCAUGACGGUCACCACAGCCCAUCAAGCCAUUCUAAGGAGCACUUUCCUGUCAGUGCAUCGGCUACAGAGCUGGAGUCAUUGUCCCAUUCCAGCAAGUCUGGUUAUUCCAGGAAUACCAGCAGUCCCACGAGUCAGGACGAGCGGCAGACGGGCUACAGCGGCUCAACUACCUCUCUACAUAAAGAAGCAUCUGAGGUUAAUCGAAUAAUGAAGCUUCAGGAGCAAAAUGUAGAUAUGCACCACAGUUUGUGCCAGACUGCCGUGCGAAUGGAGUGCAUGGGCACCGAAUUUAAGAGCAGUCACCAGCUCCUCGAGUCAGAACUACAGAACACUUGUGUUGAGCUGAGCAACCUCCUGGACAAAUUCAAAAGACUUACAGAUAACAACUCCUACACUCAACAGACCAACAAUCUCCUGGAGCAGAAGCUUCAUUCAGUGGCUCAGAGUAUGGAUGGGGAGCAGGAGCAUUUGAACCAGCGGAUCACAUCCCUGACAGAUCAGCUGUCCUCAGCCAAGAACACCAUCCACAGCAUGGAGACUAUUAACGUAACAUCAUUGCUGCAGGAAGCCUUCGACCAACAUUUCCACCGAGAUGAUUCUGUCAAUCAAUUAAAUCUCCCUGCUGCGCCACCACCGGUCCAGUUCAUGGAUAGUCAUCAUUAUGGAAAGGUCACCGCCACAGGGGAGGACCUAUCACUGGGAACAUUGCCAGAAGAGGAGGAAUCGGAUUGGUCAGAAAUGGGGGAUGAGGCUCCAAAAUGUGCUCUGAGGUCAGGGGGAGAUCAUCAUGGUGGUACAGCGUUUCAACCGUGGAGACAAGAGCGUAUUAGCUGGGCAGGGCAAGGAGAAGGAGAGACAGAGAGUGAUUCAGGGAGUGAGGAUAUUGUCAGACAAAACCCUCCCCGCUCCCAGCAGGUCCCCCAUCUCACAAUUCACUCUGAGACCUUACCAGCCCCCAUAGAUGGUGUCACCCUCACCACCAUUUUCAAGAGCUCAGCUGAUGGCCCAACAGAGGAUGUGUACAGGGCCACUGCAAGCCGCAAACUAGGCUCUCCCAUCCGCAUCCUGUCAGCCAGUCUGGAUGAGAUCCCCUCCUGUAGGGGGAAGAAUCAAAGACAGGAGGAGCAGCAUGGCCAGCUAAAGGGCACAGAGGCCAUGAUGGACCUCCACCAACCAGAGGAUGGUACCAUGGAUGACUCAGAAGAUGAGAUCAUCCGUAACUGGAGGACAAGGAGCGGGGACAUGGGUGAUGAUGGCGGUGUGGAUACCACGGAGGCAGAUCCUGGCAGCAGUCUGGAAAACUUGCAGUCGGCCCAAAAUAUGCUCAACCACUUCAUCUGCCAGCUGCAGCCCAGCGAGGGGGAGGACAUGGGAUACCGGACAAAGUGCUGAAUGGGGAAAGAACACAGCUGUGACACCUGAUCUCUUCACAGAGACACAGAUGUUGACUGGGUUGGUGCAUAGUUGUUUAAGUAAUUAAACUUAAGAGUGAUUUUUGUUACAUUUGAUAUUCAUAAUUCAUCUAUGAGUAUGUUGUAUUUUAAACAUAAAGCAACAGAAUUGGUCUUUAUAACCAAUUUAAUAAUAAUAAUUUAAGUUAUAAUUCAAUUAUUUAAAUCUGAUUUGAAUGUUUCCAGGCCUAAAUAUUAUUCAAAAUUUUAAAAACAGCCAGCAACAAGUAAGAAAGAAACUAAAAUAUUAUUUUUGUUCUGCACCUGAAGCUAUUAAGGCAAGCGGCCCAAGUUGGAGAUGGAGGAUCCCCAGUUCCACGUUUUGAUAUUUAUGAUAUAUUUCUCUAUUCAUAGUCAAAAACAUGUCCUGGUGUGUUUUUGUUGUUGUUACGCUAUGCAGGGAAUGGCUUUGAUGUCCUCCAGAGGUAACAUCAAACACAAAUCACGUCGCUUUGACAUCUCCUGUUCUCGGGUGCAAUCUCUCCGGGAAACACUGUCCAGGCCUCCCUCCCGUCUCUUCAUAGCAGAGCACCGAGAACUUCACAGCCCAGCGCUUUCCCAUCACCAUGGAGACCACGGCCGAAUCUCGCCUAUUCCACUGAUUUAUAGAAAAUAGAUCAUUUCAGAACCUCUUGUGCAUAAUUCAUUAUAGUGGUUGGUGUGUGUCUUUCUCUCGGUGCGUGCAUGUUAGAUAAGACGACAAGUGUUUCACAGAAUAUAGGUCCUUAGGUAAGAUUUAAGACAUGUACAUAGAUAUACUUUGUUUGUCCUCAUAAAUUAAUUCCUCUGCAGACAGACAUAAUGCCAGGUCUAGUUUGGACAAUGUAUACCAUCAAAUAUUUACUACAAAUAGUAUCCGUUGGACAUCACAGUGGAUUGGAAACAAGCUUUCUUAAGACCGGUUUUAGUUAAUGGUCAUAAAAUGAAAACAGAAUUUGGGGAUGGAUCGUGUGGUCUGGUGUGAAUGGUUCCAACUGCUAAAAUGUAUAAAGAUUUCCUCCCUGAAGUAAUAGUUAAGAAUCCUUGGGGAAAACAAAGAAACAUUUAUUCUUCUUGCAUGCAAACUUUGUUUUAUCUUAUAAUAUUGAUGUUUAUGUCUCCAUGUUGAUAUGAUGGAAAAAGCAACAUGACAUAAUGUAAAACAGAAUCACCAUUAUCAUUGUGUUCACCAGAGGCACGCAACAGUCCAGUGAGAUACACACUACCUUUUAAAAGUUAGGGGUCACUUAGAAAUGUCUUUGUUUCUGAAAGAAAUCCACAUUUUUUGUCCAU